AUGACGGGCCGGGACCGCCGACGCAACGCCCAGCCCAACGCGGCGAUGUACGUCGGAUACGCCGACGACGACGAGGACGUCGAGUCGAUCAUGGCCAAGUUCCAGGCCAUCGAGGAUGCCAAGGGCGCCAAGGGAGGCGGCGACGGGGGAUCCGCCGGCGACGGGGGAUCCGACGACAAGGAGCUCACCGAGGAAGAGCUCAUCCGCGCGACGGGCGCCAGGGCGCCUCCCAAGGAGCGCGUGGACUACUCCGCGCAGCUCGGCCACGGCAGUCGCGCCAAUCGCAAGGGCGAGGUCGUCGUCGCCGGGACCGUCGAGCUCGUCCCGGGGCACGUGCCGCCGGAGGAGAUCGACCCCGCGGACGCGACGGACGCCUUCACCCGAUUGCGCGCGGGCGAGGGCUUCGCGCCGGAGGAACAGGAAAAGUGCGACGUUCGCUGUGGGAACGACGCGAGGGAUCCGGCGUCGGGUCCCCCCUCGAGCGGCAUCGUCCCGGGCGUCGACGUAGCCAUGGUCGAACUCAAGGGAUUCGACGCGCACACGCGCGAGAAGAUCGCGGAGAACAUGCCGAACGCCGUCGCCGAACACGACGUGGACGAGUUCAUCGACCUGGUCGCCCAGACGAUGCGGCUGGACGCGGUGGCGGGCGCGGAUCCCUCGCUAGAACUCGCGGCCAAAACCAUCGCCGAAUCCAAAGCCGCUACCAAUGCCGCCAGGGCGUGCGCCAAGGCGCUCGUCAAACUGUGCGCCAAGGACCCGAAGGAGUUCAAGGCCAAGUCCAAGGGCGUCGGGCUGGUGGUGAUUAAGGACGGGGGGAUCCCGAAAGAUGCGUACCUCGGUGCGUACUGCGGAGAGCUGUACCCGGGGUGGCGUUGGUUCGAAAAGGAAGCCGCAGCGCAAGCCGUGCGGCGGGACGUCAAGAGGGACGACGAGGUGCCCACGUUCUACAACGCCGCGGUGGAGAGGGACCUUCACGACCCUCGCGGGUACGACGUGCUGUUCAUCGACGGCAUGGUGAAAGGGUCGGUGCUCACCCGCGCGUCCCACUCGUGCCAGCCCAACGCGGAGAUGCGAGUCAGGGUUCGCGAAGGGAAGUACUCGGUGGAGAUGGUCACCACGCGCGAGGUGCGAACGGGCGAGGAGAUCUGCUGGGAUUACCGGUGCCAGACGGACAGCGAGAAGGAGAUGAGGCGCGCCAUAUGCCUGUGCGGGAGCAAGAACUGCAGGGUGAGCUAUCUCCACUACAACGGCGAGAGCGAACUCGCCGCGUUUGCGGAUGAACGUUGCGCGGUGCUGCACGACGCCGCGAGACUGCUCGCGUCGUGCGUCGACGCGGACGCGCUUCGCCUGCCGGAAACCCUAAACCUAAACCCUAAGGGUACGCCGGGGAAGGGUACGCCGGGGAAACGCGGUAACAACGGCGGGAAAAGAGCCGACGAUCACUGGAAGAGCGCGCUCAUCGCCGCGGGGGUGCGGGCGGAUGACGAGGGAAUGCUCGCGGGCUUACCCCAGUGGGCGCGAAAGUUCGCGUCCAAGUGCGUGGCGACGGCGCACGAGGAGAAGAAGGUCCUGACGCACUCGCUGUACGAGUCCGCGAAGAGGCGCGCUUACGAGGCGAUCGACGCGGCGCGAGCCGAGGCGGCCGAGUACGAAACCGAUCCGGAGGCGUGGAAAAAACGGUUCCCCCGAACCGUUUCGACGCCCCCGACGGUUCCGCACGAGCCGUCCGACGCGGACCUUGGCGCGGACGCCAAGGCUGAGGCGUCGGGGAUUCAUGCCGCGCGAAUUCAAUCCCUGGCGGUGACGAUGGACAAGGUUCGACGCGUCCUCGCCGUGCACGCGCGUGGGGGCGACGCGGAGAAGCCCGCCGCCGGCGUCGACGUGUCCGCCGCGGCCCCGCCGCUCCGACUGUUAAACGACGAAGACGCCGCCGCGCAUCUUGUGGCGUACGCUUCGCGGCUCGCGUCCGCCGCGAACGUGGAUAACCCGUUCGAUGCGUUAAGCGUCGAUAGAUUAUCGGCGGCAGAUGAUGAAAACGGUUCGGACGAAGACGCCCGCCGGUGGGUUCGAUCCGACGCCGCGCGGCGAAUCCUCCGCGAAAUGGCGGACAAUCUCUGGAAACGUUCUUUGGAAGAAUCUGGAGCAUCCGAUACAGACCGGAUCGCGCGUCUCGCGUGCGGCGACCUCGCGUACCUCGCGUCACAAACGCGAAACUUCUUCGCCCCCGUCGCCGGCGGGGAACGGUUCAAAUCACCGUACGUGGCGAUGGGUUCGCACGGCUCCCGCGACGGAGCCGGCGUCGUUCGACGCAUGGACUACCCCAAACACUCCGCGCUCGGUUUCCUCUGCACCUGGCGAGAGGAGUACCUGGAGAGGCCGUGCGAUCGGCUCGCGACGGACGCGCGGGGCGGGCUUUGCCUGCCCCGGUUCGACCGCGGCGCGUUGGCAAACUAUUCGACGCAAAACCCGGGCAAAAACCGGAGAAGGGCGCACGCGUCCAUCGACGCCCUUUCCGCGCAUCUCUGCGGGGAGAUGGCCGCGAGGGGCGGUGGCAAGGCGUGGGCGCCGAUCGACGGGUGUUGGCGGUGGGACUUUGACCUCGACGCCGGCGACGAGCGGGACGGCCCCGUGCUGGGAUCUCCGGUGGUGGACGCGGCGCUGGGCGGCGACGUUCGCCCGGGCGCGUCGGCGGCGGCUGAGCUCGCCGCGGCGCGGCGAGCCGUCCUCGGAGACGAUGUCGAGGACGCGCGGGUCGCGGACGCGGAGCUGGGGAAGGCGGUGGCUUCGAAGGACGGAAACGAGGAGGAGAAGAAGGAGGAGGAGAAGGAGGAGGAGGAGAAGGAGGAGAAGAAGGAGGAGGAGGAGGAGCGUGUCGCGCUCGGGGCGGCUGAGACGGAUGCCGAUGCCGUCGCCGCCGAACCCACCCUCCCCAUUCCCGAACGCUCCCGCCCCUCGCCGCGCGUGGUGACGUCUCCGCCGGUGAACCGAUGGGGCGAGCCCGAGCCCGACGUUCCCUGCGUCGUCUGCGGCGACGUCGGCGACGCGACUGACUUUAUCCUCUGCGACGGAUGCCCCUCCGGAGGCCACGUCGACUGCCUCAACCUACCCGCAAACCCCGCACUUUCGCGUAACGGGACCGAGUCGGCACACUCGCGCGACGACUGGUUCUGCGACGCGUGCGAGGGGGGUAAGCUCGCGGGGAUCCAGCCCCCCGGCCGCGGCGGUUUCGCGCUCGCCGCCGCCAACAGAGCCGCGCUGGAACGAGCCAGGGAGCGCAACGGGGGGGUGGCUACUGUAUCGGCGGUGCCCGGCGCGACUGGCGCCGUGCCGUCCGUCGGGCCCGUCGCCGCGCAUAACCUGGCGGAGUACCACCCGGUGCACCUCACCACCAACUGCGAGGUGGUGGCGUUGCCCGGCGAUCCGCCGCCGCCGCCGCCGACGAUGCCGCUGACGUCGAGCGGGGGAAAUAAGCGCGCGUUCUGGGAGGGCAACGCGACGCUCGGGGACGACGGCAAGCCGACGAAAGCGGCGGCGGAGGCGAUCGCGAAGCGGCGGCGGGUGGGCGGGGGCGGUCCGGGCUCGUUCGCGCCGUUUCCCAUGCCUCGCGACUGCCCCUUGGGAGUCAUCGUGGAGUGCGGAGGCGCGUGGGGCGAGUUUCGGGUGCUCGAGGGGUUGGUGCACUGCAUGUGCGCCGGGUGCGAGUUCGGCAUCGCGUACGGGUUGCAGCCCACGAACGUGUUCGGCUUGCAGUCGUUCGAGUUCCACGGCGGCAAGGGCAGCGCGGGGAAGUGGAAGGCGUCCAUUCGAGCGCACCCGGAUGGCCUUCCGGAUGAGUAUUUCGCCCAGGUGGACGUCCAGCUGGCGGCGGGCGACGACGCUCCUCUCGCGGCGGCGGUGACGGCGGCUGCCGGCCCUAGGCGACCGGGAAGACCGCCGAGGGAUACCAGCGAGGGCCUGGGGCCGUGGCUGGAGCGGGAGUGCCCCGAGCAUCCGUGCCUGGCGCGCAGCAGGAACAAGGAAACCGCGUGAGUGACGCCACCCGGGCUGCUCUCAAAAUAUUUUUAACAACG